GAAAGAUUGUUGUCCACAAUUGACUGAUAUCUCACUCCCAGCAUACAAUAAUCGUGACACUACUAAUGCUUACGCGACAUGGACCGGUACGUGUUGGUUAUAUCUUUGUGCCAAACUGACGCCGAGCUGACGGAGGAGUAUACGUGUCUGGAGCCAGUUAAGCAGAUCCAUGACAAACUUGUGGACAUCUCAACUCAGGAAUCAGUUGGAGGAGACUCUGUGUUUCCAGCUUGUUCUCUCAGUGGCAGCCCAUCAGUUCAGAGGUGGCACUUUGCUGUUCAGGCUUGCCAAGGAGUUACACAGUUUUGCAGCUCAGACUGGGACGAGCUGGGGACAGGCCAUCAUAAAAGUGACAGUGAAGAGGAGAAGUUUACUGCUGUGGAGUCAUGUCUCAGUUCUCUGAGUAAUCAGGACGCACCGGACCAAAAGGCGGACCAGCCGGCACUGACGGAGCUGUUAGAGGAGGCUGCAGAAGGACUGCAUCUACUGUCAGACAAGCUACCACCUCCAGGUAAAGCCUUGUUGGAUGUGCUGGUGUUGGGCUCUGCAGAGCAGUCUCCUCCUGUUAAGGACUUGCUGCCUCUGCUUGGAGCCCUCAAACACAUGUCCUGCUGGCAUGCUGCUAAGAUCACUGUAGUCACACAGCACACCACUGGGUGGCAGAAAGCGGCGUCUUACCUGAGUGCCGCCCUAGUGGAGAUUGCUGACCUACACAGCUGUUUGGACCAUAGAGAACUGUGGAGGGGUGGCCUGCUCAUCAGAGAGAAGAAGUAUGUGUCGGAGCUCCGUUUCGAUGGCUUUUCUCUGCGUUCUCCAGUGCAUCACAUAUCAAAGACCAGUCUGUUGCCCUACAACACUACAGACCAUAAACUGCAGUCUGAGGUCUUCCAUUACUACGCUCCAGUUUUAGAUUUGGUUCAGCUGGUUCAUCUGUCAGACCUGCCCAGCUUUCUGAUGUCCACAACCCAGUUUGAACUAAGCAUGUCUGGGAAGUCCAUGAAAGCUAAACUUCUGUUGGACCAGCUGAGGUCACUGCGUGGAAAGGUUGGAGCAUUGUUCAGCUUGUCCUCUAUAAUCACCCCCAUUGCUCAGCCCUCAGCCAGCCAACUCAGCUCCCAGCGCUGGAGAGAGUCUAUAGCCAGGAGACCAAAGUCCUUACCCGUGCCUGACGUAGAGGUGAAAGGGGAGAGUGCUCACUACCUCCUGUUGGUCCAGGGAUCAGAUGACGUUGGGUUUGGAGGCUGCAGGGUCACGAUGUUGCACUCAGACGGUCAAAUCAAUGGAGCGGCUGCCAUGGCAACCGUCUCCGGUUUGCUGAGAGAGAAGUCAUUGUCAUCAUCAGGAGGAGCUGAAGGCAGCCUUCUCUGCCCGUUUCCCUGUCUCCAAGGAGAAGGCCUGCUGAAGAGAGAGCGGAAAGUGACCCAGCUCCAGAAGCUGGUACUCAAAGAAUAUCUCAGACAGAAAGAAGCAGCAUCAGCCUCAACCUCAAUACCCGUCAAUGACUUGAAGGUCGUUCUGAGUCUGGCCAGGGAGCAGUAUCUGAAGAUGAUUGACUCCACUCUGCCCUCUGCUGCCUCCUGUCUGACAGAGGAACGGGAGAGCGCAGACUCUGAGCACUCCGGUUUUCAGACCAUUUCCCAGCUGCAAUCUGCCUGGCCUGAGAGGAGCGUCCUCCACAACAUAGAGAACCUGCAAAGAAGACGACAAAAGAGGAGAUUCGGUCUGUUAGGUCCAGGCUCCAGUGACAGUCUGCUGGGUCCCAAAGACAGUCAAAAAAGCUCCUCUGCAUUACUGGACGCAAGAGAACUUCUAAAACAUUUCACAUCUGAUGGCCUGCCGAUUGGGGAGCUACAGCCCCUGGCUAUCAAUAGAGGUAAUAAUGUGUUUCAGUUGUCACCAGACCUUUCUCCCAGAAGAGUCAGCCAGAUGCCCUUUAACAAAGCCUCUGUGUCACAUUACCAUGGCAUAGAGUUCUGCCUGGACAACCAGCGGUCCUUGGACCGGGACCAGGGUUUUGUAAAACUCCAGUCCCGUCUGAUUCGGUACGAGACCCAAACCACCUGCUCCAAGGAGCCCUGUGCGCUCCCCUUCGCCCUCAGCCCCGCCCCCUCCCCUGCUGUGAUGUCGGAACCAGGAAGUGUGCCUGACGGAGAGACUCUUCAGAACGCUGAUGUAGCGCGACUCAAGCGCAGGUCGUGUGACACGGACAUUGUCGGAGGUUACCCUCGAAAGAGGCUGGUGAAGUCGGAGAGCAGUGACUCCCUCUGUUCUCAGAGCAGUGGCAGCAGUGGGACACACCCUGCCAUCAGGUCUCUACGGCAACAGCCAAGCAGAUCCAAGUCCACAUCCUCAGGUUUGGUGACUCUUCCCGCCGCUGACAAACUUAAACCUCAGCUGCUGAAGACACAUCAUGAAGAAGAGGAGGACAAACCUUCCAAAGAGUCCCGCUCCCAGAAACACAACCGGAUGCUGCAGGAGGUAGUGGCUAAAACACUCAAACACCAUGGGAUCACUGCCGAGCAUGAGUGCUUUGAGGCCUGCAGAAAACGGCUGUUUGAUAUCUCGAAAUUCUAUCUCAAGGAUCUGAAGACAUCUCGGGGUCUGCAUGACGAGAUGAAGAAGGCAGCCAGCAGCAACGUCAAACAGGUCACUGACUGGGUGUUGGAAAAGACCUCAAAGAAGUGAAGACGGUUUUGAUAAAAAAGUGCGGGAAAGCUUUUUUUUUUUAUAUGGAAAAGAGGGUUCCAUCUUUUAAUCUACAUUUCUCAGUUUUUGCUUUUUAAGCCUUCCUGAUAAAUUUUAAAUUGUUACAAUAAUCCUGUUUUAAUUACCUUAAUCCUUUAUUUAAUUGUAUUGUGUAUUUCACUAAGAAGAUAAUUUUUAAAUAUAUAUGUGUUUUUGAGUUAAUGUUUGCGCAUAUCUAUUCUGAUAUACUCCCAUUGUAUUACACUCUGCACUCUGAGCUUAGACGUCGUCUUUUAUUUGUAGAUGUUUCCAAACAUGAUUUUAAGUCCUUUCCCAAAUGUUGUUUCUAAAUACUAUAAUAGUUUUAUGGCUCUAUGAAUUAACAUAUUUUAUCUGUUUACUGUUUGUAACACAAUAAAAUAUGUUUUUGUUAUUUUGUGCACACUGUAACUUCCUGAUUACAACCUGAGCUUGUUUAGAAAAAAAGAUAUGAGCGUAUGUGUGAAGAGGGUCUCUGAGAAAGAUGUGUUACAUUAUCAGUGCAGACAGCGAGCAGCCACGUCUGGAUGGUAGCUUUUAUUCAGACACUGAAAACAAAGCAGGAGCACCGCAGCACAUUAUGCAGCAGCGAUUAUCAUCGACAGUCAGACUCUGUACCGGUACAGACUGAUGAGGAGGAACACUGCGAAGAAUCUGGAUCUCCAUGAUUAGAUACAACACUCGCAGCCAGUCGUUCCAUUACUGGCACCAUUUCCUCCAAGAGGAACUGGCUACAGGUUUCUGGCAACAAAGGAAAAUGUCUCCCAUGCCAAGACGGCAUAUAAUGAUCUGCUUGAAGUUGACGAUAAGUUUCAACUUCACAGCAGUGGAUAGUUUUAUUCUGACUUGGCAUAGUAUUACCUGCAUGAAUAAAAUGACUAUACAAAGACAUUUUAAUGAUUAUGCACUAGAAGCACAUUUCUACCUCUCCAAAUACGGUGAGGAUAGCUGGUGGACUGUAUGAACAAUAACUUACUCAUGUUUUGAAUUGUUAUUUGGGUGCAGUUUGGUGCUAAUUAUAAGGAAAAUAGGAAUUUCCUCCAUAUUUGUUGAAUUGUAUGCUUGCCUGUAGACACAUUUUACAUUGUUGUGUGUUUGGCUGACCCGCUGUUCGCUGACUAAAAGACUGGUUAUUCAGCAAUUCAUUUGAAAUAUGUAACUCCGUGCAACGGUCUGUUUUUCCUUAAAUUUUGUAUAAAAUCACCUAGUUCUUUCUGACAAACAUCUUGUAAAUUAUUUGGAAAUAACUUCUGAGUUUGAGGAGAUUCUAACAGUACUCUGAAAACCAGUAUAUUUAGCUUUGGGGUCCGCACUACCAUUACCCUAGCGUGACCACUGUAAACAUAAAAAUAUAGACAAGUGACACUUUGCCAAAGACCUACUGCUACUU